AGUAAAGUUGUAUAUUGUUACACGAUGCAUUGAUGUCUUGUUGUUGAUUUAUAUUCUUUAUGAAGUAUUUUUGUUGAAAUGGAUACGAAAGAUAAUUAUAAUGUAUAUGUUGGUGGUAAAUCUGGAAUUUUCAAAGGCGUAAGAAUAGAUAAGAAAGAAUGUGUAUCACAAAAUAUACAAAACUUGGUUUCCAUUACGGAUAAUGAUGAAGUGACAACAAUGUCUUGGGGCGAUGAUGAGGAGAGAGAAAUUCUAAUUGGUUGUGGUGUGAAAAAUAUUAAGAGCGUGAAAGUUUAUGAUACUGAAUAUUCGACGUUCACGUGUUCUUUUUUUUGCAAUAUUGGAACAGGCAAAAUUACUGGCAUAUCUCGAUAUGAUGAAGCAAUUUUGACUGCUGUUCGAUCAGGUGAAGUAAAAUUAUGGAGGUUUAAGGAAGAAGACGGAUUUAUAAUAAAAGCUGGUGAAAAUUUGGACAAAAUGCGUCAUUCAAGAAUAAAAAAGGAGAUGAUAGCUACCGGAGGUCAAGAACAUGCAUUAAAGUUAUUUGAUAUAGAAAAACGAGUACAAAUAUUUACAGAGAAAAAUGUGCCUCAUGAUUGGUUGCAAGUCAGAGUUCCAAUUUGGAUUUCUGAUGUGGAUUUUCUUCCUAAUUCAGAAGAAAUUGUUACAACUAGCAAAUAUGGAUAUGUGCGUUUAUAUGAUCCAAAAUCACAAAGAAGACCUGUCAUAAACGUAGAAAUAAAAGAGGAAGCAUUAACGUGUUUAACUGUGGCACCACGAGAAAAGCAGAUUAUAGUUGGCUCUGGCAAAGGCAGGAUGAAUCUUGUAGAUUUACGAAAACCAGCUAAAAUACUAAAUACAUAUAAAGGAUUUGUGGGAGGUGUAACGGGAAUAGCUUGUAGCAAAAACGAACCUUAUGUUGUUAGUGUUAGUUUAGACCGAUAUUUGCGAAUACACCAUAUCGAUACAAAAGAAUUAUUAAAAAAGAUGUAUUUAACGUCGAAAAUAUCAUGUAUGUUGUUAUGUUCAGAAUUUUCAUUAUCAGCAAAUGAAGAAAAAAUACAAAAGCAUAAGCACGAAAUUACUAAAGAUUUUGUAGGAAAAAAGGAAGAAGACAUAGAAAAUAAUUCAGAUUCUGAUUCAGAAUAUGACAUGUUAUUUAACAAAAUGCCAAUAAUUACUAACAAAGAAGAUAAAUCAAUAGAAAAGAAGCAAAAAAAAGCAAAGUAUUCCAAAUUAGAUACUGAAAUUAUUUCUCAUGAACGUACUGUACCAAGUGUAAAUGAAUCAUCAAAAAAGCAACUCAAGAAGAUAAAAAAAUCCGAUUCAUUAAUAGAAUUAUAAGCAAGACAAUAAUAAUGAAUUCAUCUAUUAUUACAUUAUUUUUACUGUCGACGAAUAAUAACGAAAGUGUGUUUAUAUUUUUAUAGAUCUACUUAUAAAAUUUGAAAAAAUGCUAUUUGUGUUAAAUAUAAAACAUUAAUAUAAAAUGUUAAUAUAAGAAAAUUUGAUAAUUACAAAUUGAAAAACAUAAUUUGAUAAUUACACUUUCGAGAAAGUUAGGAACAAGGCACUUGGAAAUCACCACAAACAAGAAAAUAAAAUGUUUCAGUUAUGAUGUAUUUUGUCACUCAGUAAUUCGUUUUUUUUUUUUUUUUUUUUUUUUUUUCAUUUGUACCUUACAUGUACAAGGGACAUGAAUAAUAUGCUAGUAGCUUUUGCCCUGGAUAUACAGUACUGAGAUGCGACUAAAUGUACUGUUUAAUUAUUUGAUUAAUUCUUUAUUGUACAAUUUAUUCUUAAUAUCUCGUCUAUAUAUUGUUUUGGUUCACGAAUGCAGCGUACACCGACUUCAAAUGGUUUCUCAACACUAAUAAUGUUUCUGGUUAACGUUACAUUAACUUGUGCUUUCAGUUGCAAUAAUAAUAUUGAAAUCGGAUGCGCUGCAGGAAAUAGGCUACUGUAGAUUUUUUUUUUUACGUCUAAAAACUAGAAAAAGUGAACGUGACAACUUGUAAAGUUGAAACAUAUUUUGUACUAAAAGGAAAUAAUAUUCGCAGCUACAGCACACUAAAUCUUAUUCGGCUACAAUCCCUUCAACUGUACAAAAAUCAUUGUCCCCUCACUACGUCUCUUGUUAAUUAAUACUAACGUAAAUUUGCUUUAUCCUGACUGCGCCACUCAUCUGAAAUGGAAUAUUUAUUCUUAUCCUUGUAAAUGUACCUAGGAAUAAAUUCACUAAAUUACAGGCACUGUCCCCUUCAAAAUUCAAAUAGGUGGUUUUCAUUCAUAUUUCUAUAAAAUGGAGCUUUGUGCCAAAAA